AUGGGAGGUGACAGGCGGGACUACAAGUUCUGGGAAGAUCCCAGCCUCCUUGGAAGGCUGCCAAUGAGAGAGCAAGUGCAGGUUUGCUACUGUGACCGGGAGUGUUGGAAUUUCUACAACUUCUUUGAGGUUGGCAGGAUCCGGCUCGCGGACUCUGCUGGUGUUGCGAGGUGGUCAAAGCCGUUUGAGGAGUUCCAGUUAAUCCAGCCGAUUCAGACUGUGGAGUAUGUGACGAAACCUGGUGGUCUCACGUGUCCUCUGGUCACCUUGGAACGGCUUUGGAAUCUUCACCGGGAGCACACGGACUCCUGUGCAAACAACUUCACCGACGAAGCGGCAAUCAACGGCCCAAACACAGAAGAAAAUGCCAGGCAGUUUAUGGCAUGGGUUGGCCCCGACGCCUCACAGUACUUGCCCUUCACAGGCAUGGAAAAUGACCAGACCUUCUUCUUCAUGCAAGCUGGUACAUAUGCAGUCUGCUAUUGUGCUCUUUUGGACGCGGACGACAACUGCGCAGACAAGACUGAUUACAUAUGGGCUGCCAUGAUCAUGCAGCUUCCAACCAACACUAUCGUCCGCAUUGACUUGGACGGUUGGGGCUUCACAACGGAGGAUUCACUUCGGCUGAUUACCAUGACGCAGUCGUGCUCGGAGAAUGCCAACAAUCCGGGUGUUCUGGAUACAUACCGCCUUGGAUGUCCUGGCGUUGAUGGCACCUUAUUUGUGGUGCUUAACGGUGUGGGCUGCCGAUUUCCCAGAGGAGAUGAGAAUAUCCAGGUGCUGCUUAUCUCUUCGGAGACCACAGGCUUCUAUGUAGAAAGCGUUGUGCUGGAAGAAACCAGGACAAUCCUCGUUUUUACCGGGGAUGUGACUUCUGAGCUUUUGGAUGGCGAUGCCAUCACUCUGGACGAGGCUACAAUUCUCGUGAAUGGUCGCGGGCAAGAUGUGUGGACGGCAACUGAGAGGUACAUGGUUUCUAAACUGUCCGGCUUCUACAGCUUUGCUGAUGAGCCUGACCAGCAGCGCAUGCUGUGGAAGCGCAUCUCCUUUGUUUCCGCCGACUCUGGCCAGGGCAACGAAACGAACAAGCUAAGCAUUCCUGUGGGAUGGCCAGAUGGGGAAGACAGGCCCGUAUUCUCUUUUGUUGGUGGCAAAGGUGCAUGGCACCGUCGAAACCGCCUUCAGACGAAGCAAGACAUCAAAGCCGAAGGAGUUGCAACUCUAAAGAUCUGUUGGGCAGCUUUGGAUGGUGGCUCACAGGAGUACUACAGUGAAGCUGGCGUCCUGAUUUUUAUCAACCCGGCCACCAUGACAGAUGCAGGGAUUUACUUCACCAGCCUGGUCAGCGGGGCCGAAGCUCCAGCCAUCAUUUCCUUCACGCCCACCCGAGGCAAGCAAGACUAUCAGCGGAAUACAGCCAUCGUGCUUCGAAUCCUUUUGAGGGAGAUUCCGCGGGUCAUUACUCCGCUGAAAACUAGCCGGGCAGGAUUUGCAGGUGCUGAGAUGGAGGACAACGAAACAGUGCCGGCUGAGAGCAUGAGCCAAUCUAUUUGUGGAAGCUUGUUUCUCGAAAUGUGGACGACUCUUGCCAACUUGGAGGGGUAG